GACAUCAACCUUCAUCCUCAUUCUCUCCUCCGAGCCACAGAAUCUCCAGAGGCGCGCGAGUGAGAUGCUUCUCUCGGUUCGGUUCGGCCGGUGUUCGGGAUCACAGUCCGUUUCCACCGCGAUCAUCUAUAGCAGAACAUUCACGCGCGGCGGAAUAUGAAGCUCGAGUCCUCAUGACGCGACACGAUCACGCAGGAAAACCGGAUCAGACCGCUGUGGAUUAUGAAAACCAGGACAUGAAGCUGAAACACAACUAGAAAUCAAGAGCAGAGAAAGCGUGUGUGUGUGUGGACGAGUGACGAGGGGUCGAGAGGUCAUGGCUGCUGCUGCCGGCGGUUCGGUUCGAUCCGUGCUGCUCCUCAUUGGCAUCUCUCUGCUGCACGUCUCCUGCGAUGCGUUGUCGGCGCCGAGGUUCACAAAGAUUCCCACGGAUCAUAUCGGCGUGUCCGGUGGCGUUGUGUCUUUUGUGUGUCAGGGCGGCGGGCGACCCGAGCCGCUGGUGUUCUGGAAUAAGAAGGGCAAGAAAGUGAAUUCACAGAGAAUUGAGACUAUAGAGUUCGAUGAAGGGGCGGGAGCAGUGCUGCGGAUACAACCACUCAGAGCACCUCGUGAUGAAAACGUUUAUGAGUGCGUUGCCAAAAACACCGAGGGUGAAAUCGCCGUCACCUCCAAACUGUCCAUCAUCAGAGAGGACUUGUUGCCGCUUGGGUUCCCGAGCAUCGACAUGGGUCCACAGCUGAAGGUGGUGGAGAGAACUCGAACGGCGACCAUGCUGUGCGCGGCCAGUGGAAUCCCGGAUCCAGAGAUCUCCUGGUUUAAAGACUUCCUGCCCAUCGAGCCGGCGCUCAGUCAAGGGCGAAUCAAACAGCUGCGAUCAGGUGCUCUUCAGAUCGAGCGCAGUGAAGAGACGGAUCAGGGGAAGUACGAGUGCGUGGCGUCUAACUCUCAGGGCGUGCGCUACUCGUCCCCUGCCAACUUAUACGUGAGAGUUCGGCGUGUCGCUCCUCGCUUCACCAUCCUGCCCACGAGCCACGAGAUCAUGCCGGGCGGCAGCCUGAACAUCACCUGUGUGGCGGUCGGGUCGCCCAUGCCCUACGUGAAGUGGAUGCUCAAUUCGGAGGAUCUGACGCCCGAGGACGAGAUGCCCGUCGGGCGAAACGUUCUAGAACUGAACGGCAUCCGCGAGUCGGCCAACUACACCUGCGUGGCCAUGAGCAGCCUGGGCAUUAUCGAAGCGGUGGCACAAGUGAUCGUUAAAUCUUUACCCAGAGCUCCCGGUACCCCCAUCGUCACGGAGACGACCCCCACCAGUGUCACCAUCACCUGGGACUCCGGUAACCCGGACCCCGUGUCCUAUUACAUCAUCCAGUAUCGCGCCAAAUCGCCAGACAGCAAGUACGAGACGGUGGACUCGAUCACCACGACGCGCUACAGCAUCGGCGGUCUGUAUCCCAACACAGAGUACGAGAUCCGCGUUUCUGCCGUCAACACCAUCGGACAGGGUCCGCCCAGCAACAAGGUGGAAGCUCGCACCGGCGAACAGGCCCCCGCCAGCCCGCCGCGAAACAUCCAGGCACGCAUCAUAUCCCAGAAUGCCGUGAUGGUGCGCUGGGACGAGCCGGAGGAGCCCAACGGUCUGAUCAAAGGAUAUCGAGUUUAUUACACCAUGGAUCCGUCACAGCCAAUGAGCAACUGGCAGAUCCACAACGUCCAGGACAGUGUCAUCACCACCAUCCACAGUUUAGUGCCGUCUGAGACGUACACCGUACGCGUGCUGGCGUUCACGUCGGUGGGAGACGGACCGUUCUCUGAUCCCGUUCAUGUCAAAGUGAGACCUGGAGUUCCCGGACAGCCAGGGAAGUUUCAGGUGGGUAAAGUGACGGACACGAGUGUUGAGUUGACCUGGGAACCCGCGUACUCCAAAGAACCAGUGAAGAGUUAUGAACUCAUCUAUAAAGCUCCAGAGCUCGGCAUUCAGGAGAAGAAGAAUUUCGAGCCGAGAUCGUCGUACGUGGUGGAGGGUCUCCGUGCCAACACUGAAUACAGCUUCUCUCUGGCCGCCGUUUCCAACAAAGGCGUCGGCGCAUUCACCAAUGAGAUCGUCCAGCGCACCGCACAAGCCAAGCCCACGGCGCCUCCACGCGAGGUCCGCUGUGUCAGCGCGAGCUCCACCUCGCUGUCGGUAAGUUGGGCUCCGCCCCCGGAGGAGCGGCUGAAUGGCGAGCUGCUCGGUUACGAGUUGCGUUACGAGGUCUCCGGUGGUGACGGGUUUGACUCAGCGCAGACGAUGCGUUUGCAGUCUGGCGCGGGACAGGCGCUGCUGAAGGGCCUGCGGCAGUGGAGUGUGUACCGCAUCACUGUAGCGGCGCUGACGGCCGGGCGGCGGACCGAGAGCUCUCCUGUGGAGUGCAGCACGGAUGAGGACGUUCCAGGAGCUCCGCCCACACAGGUGGAGGUUCAGCCGCUCAACGGCACCUCCGUCAAAGUGUCAUGGCACUCUGUGAUGCCAAUGCAACAGAACGGGCAGAUUCGUGGUUACCAGGUGCACUAUGCUCGCAUGGAGAACGGGGAGUCACGAGGUCAGCCUCGAAUCAAAGACAUCAUGCUGGACGAGACUCAGAGAGAGCUGGAUGAGACGGCCGUAUAUGAGACGAUCAUUGACGAUCUGCAGCCUGAGACGUUGUUCUCCAUCAGUGUGGCGGCGUACACCAUUAAAGGUGACGGAGCUCGAAGCGUCGCUCAGCUGGUGCGGACGCCUGUAGCACUACCCGCUCGUCCGUCUCUGUCUGUCCGGCUGGUUAACGACACGUCCGCUACGGUGUCCUGGAGACCUCAACAAUCGCCAAACCCGCUGCUACAGAUCCUGGGCUUUCGCCUGACGUAUGGCCUUAAAAAGCGACACCCGUCCUUCUCUGCGGAGGUCAAACCUGGAGAUCGUGAAUACAGCGUGAGCGACCUGCGUCCAGGAGCGGUUUACUCAUUCCUCCUGGCCGCUAGAGGGCGCUCUGGUUACGGUGAAGCGGGUCAAGAGGAUCUCACAGUCCCUGAGGUCCCUCCUAAUGGGUUUCCACAACUCUCGGAUGACGUGAACGCCACCUGCUGCUCGCUGCAGUUCACCUGGUGUUCGGAACCCUCGCAGCUGAACGCUAUUAUAACGGGAUACACGCUUGAGUACGGUGAAGAAGGCGGUUCUGAACCGUGGACGCUGAUGUUACCGCUCGGUGUGUCCAGCUACACCAUUCACGGCUUGAGCCCAGACCGGGCGUACGCUGUGAGAGUGUGUGCUCGGAUCAGCACCGGGGCCGGGCCGUGUAGUCCGCAGGUGUUGUACCGCACGAAGGCCUUCGAAACAGGUACGGCUCUCAGUUCCACACACCUGGAUCAGCGACACAGAACAAACCCCCAAAUCUCCACCACCACCACCACCACCAUCAUCCAACCCCACCCAACCCUACACCAGUGGACGUGUGAAUGCAGGCGACACGUUAGAAUGCGACACACGUGCUCACGCAGGUACCAGUCCGCUGAGGCGUUUGGAGGCGGAGUUUUAAGUAAGCGGAAGGAAUCUGAGCCGGGCACCAAGUGUUUGCUGAAUAACGCUGAAAUGAUGGCACAUCACCCGACCGACCCCGUUGAGAUGAGACGAAUCAACUUCCAGACGCCAGGUAUGAUGAGUCACCCCCCCAUCCCCAUCACAGAUCUGCCUGAACACACAGACAGACUGAAGGCCAAUGACAACCUGCACCUGUCACAGGAGUAUGAGUCGAUUGAUCCAGGGCAGCAGUUCACAUGGGAACAUUCAAACCUCGAGGUGAACAAACCAAAGAACCGAUACGCCAACGUGAUCGCAUAUGACCACACGCGUGUGAUCCUCUCGCCGAUAGACGGCAUUAUGGGUAGUGACUACAUCAAUGCAAACUACAUUGAUGGCUACAGGAAGCAGAACGCGUAUAUCGCCACACAGGGGGCGCUGCCGGAGACUUUCGGGGAUUUCUGGCGGAUGGUUUGGGAGCAGAGAGCCACAUCUGUCGUCAUGAUGACUAAACUAGAGGAGAAAUCACGGGUCAAGUGUGAUCAGUACUGGCCCAGUCGCGGUACAGACACAUACGGGACGGUUCAGGUGUCUCUGUUGGACACGAUGGAGCUCGCCACGUUUUGUGUGCGAACCUUCUCGCUGCAUAAGAGCGGCUCCAACGAGAGACGAGAGGUGCGACAGUUCCAGUUCACCGCGUGGCCGGAUCACGGCGUUCCCGAAUAUCCCACUCCAUUCCUCGCCUUCCUCCGUAGAGUGAAAGCAUGCAACCCGCCAGACGCCGGACCCGUCGUCGUCCACUGCAGUGCGGGUGUGGGACGCACCGGCUGCUUUAUCGUCAUCGACGCCAUGCUGGAGCGCAUCCGUCACGAGCACACGGUGGACGUGUACGGUCACGUGACUCUGAUGCGUUCUCAGAGGAACUAUAUGGUCCAGACAGAAGAUCAGUACAGCUUCAUUCACGAGGCGCUGCUGGAGGCCGUGGCGUGCGGGAACACCGAGAUCGCAGCUCGCAGUCUCUAUUCCUACAUCCAGAAACUCUCGCAGGUGGAGGCGGGAGAUCACGUGACCGGAAUGGAGCUGGAGUUCAAGUGUUUGGCUAACACUAAAGCGCACACCUCGCGGUUUGUGAGCGCUAAUCUGCCCUGCAACAAGUUCAAGAACCGUCUGGUGAACAUCAUGCCGUACGAGACCACCCGUGUGUGUCUACAGCCAAUCAGAGGCCUCGAAGGCUCGGACUACAUCAACGCCAGCUUCAUAGAUGGAUACAGGCAGCAGAGGGCUUAUAUCGCCACACAGGGGCCAUUAGCCGAGACCACGGAAGAUUUCUGGCGGAUGCUUUGGGAACACAACUCCACCAUCGUCGUCAUGUUGACCAAACUGCGUGAGAUGGGGCGGGAGAAGUGUCAUCAGUACUGGCCCGCGGAACGCUCGGCGAGAUAUCAGUACUUUGUGGUCGACCCGAUGGCAGAAUACAACAUGCCGCAGUACAUACUGAGAGAGUUUAAAGUCACUGAUGCCAGGGACGGACAGUCGAGAACCGUCAGACAGUUCCAGUUCACUGAUUGGCCAGAACAAGGAGUUCCGAAGUCGGGAGAAGGAUUCAUUGAUUUCAUUGGUCAGGUGCAUAAAACCAAGGAGCAGUUUGGUCAGGAUGGACCAAUCGCAGUCCACUGCAGUGCGGGUGUGGGCAGGACGGGUGUGUUCAUCACUCUCAGUAUAGUUCUGGAGCGGAUGCGUUAUGAGGGUGCAGUCGACAUCUUCCAGACAGUGAAAAUGCUGCGCACACAGCGACCAGCGAUGGUUCAGACUGAGGAUGAGUAUCAGUUCUGUUAUCAGGCCGGUUUGGAGUAUCUGGGGAGUUUUGAUCACUAUGCAACAUAAGAAGAAGACCAGAAACAUCUGGACACCUCGAUCCCCCUCAACCGUCUGCAAACACACUACAAACACUCGCUGGAGACCCAAACAAGCAACUAAACACAUUAUACCACAGGAAAUACAAUGACAUCACUCAUGAAGAAUAAAGACAGCGACACAGAAUGAACGUUGUCUUGGGACGUGUGAGGGGGAGUUCUGUGUCAAACUAUUACCUCAGUGGUCAAAUAUUGAUAUUUAUGUCAUGGGGGGGGCGUUUUUAGAGAUAUUAAACUGUGGAUGAAGCUCUUCUUCAUAACAAGAGGAACAAAUAUUACAUGUACAAAAUCUAUUUAAAACAACAACGACAAAAAAAAACAUUGAAAUCAAAAGCCUGGAAAUUUGCUGCACCCUUAACGGGAGUUUUUCUUCAAACUGUAUUUGCCAACGUCGUCUGUGCCCUGCCUGAAGUCUCGUUGCCAUCUGAAAGCGGAACAGAUCGUUACCUUCUGUGCCUAACGGAGCGACCGCAGAACCGUCUGUGCUUCAGAGGAAACAUCGCUAAUCGUGACUGAUCAUCGCCCAAGAAGAGCCGCAGAACUCGUGUGAAUACUGUAUCUUCAUGCUGUCUCUCUACAUGAAUAUAUGCUGCUUAUACCGAGUUUUGAACCGCUUGAAUCUGUAUCAUGUACGUGAAAGGCUUGUCAGUUAGUGCACUGUUUAAUAUACUGAAAACACCAACGAUUCGGCUCAAGAUGAUCUGUACAGACACACAUUGUGAGGUGGAACUAUGGGUCACAGUGAGUUGAACUCACGCUAGACAGAUCUUUCGUUUUGAAGAUUUGACGUCUAAAUCGUCCUUAACAAAGCUCCAAAAGUUCCUUUCUGCUCAUCUCCGUUGACCUCUUCCCGUCCGUCAUAUUUAGUUUAGUGAAGGCGUGAUGUUUACGAGUACAGAGUUAGAAACAAGACGGAGAUCUCAUCAGACUUCGAGUGAGCCUUAUUGUUGUUGUCAAAUAUUUAAUCCAGCUGAUUUUCUAUUUCAUUUUGUUAAUAAUAUGCUUGAGUUUUUAAGGAUCUCUUCAUUUCUAUGAUUUAUAUUGCGAUAUAAUCGGUGAGCCUUGGUGUAGUUGAGCAGCUAACGUGACUGUACAUGGCUGAGAUGUACAGUGUUGUGUUUGUAUCCCUCUCAGAUAUUUUCAUAUUUCCUGUGCGCUGAUAAUAGUUCUAGAGGAAGCGAACGACACGAACGCCCAAACCCUCGCAAAACAGCUCCGACACAUUCUCGUGAGAGCGUUCGGUGGGAUAUAUCCCAUCAUCCUUUGCUCACUAAUGAUCCUGUUAAAUCCACCAGUUCUCGCAGAAUCUGAAAUAUAAUUUUAUGAAUGUGGUAGGAAAAUUCAGUGUUCAAUACAAGUUAAUCUCAAUCAACAGCAUUUGUGACAGUCUUACCAAAAUAAUAUUAAUAUUACCACAAAAUAUUAAUUUCAGCUCAUCCCUCGUUUUGUUUAAAUGUGUGUUCCAGUGAGACACUUGCAAUGGAAGUCAAUGGUAAUCAAUGGGGGUCAAUGGGGGUCAAUGGAAAUCAAUGGUAGUCAAUGGAGGUCAAUGGAAAUCAAUGGGGGUCAGUGGAAGUCAAUGGGGUCAAUGGAAAUCAAUUUGGUUAGCUCAUGUGCUCUACCCUCCCUAGCAACCGGGCCAAUUUGGUUACCCCAUGUGACUCUACCCUCCCUAGCAACCGGGACAAUUUGGUUACCCCAUGUGACUCUACCCUCCCUAGCAACCGGGACAAUUUGGUUACCCCAUGUGACUCCACCCUCCCUAGCAACCGGGCCAAUUUGGUUACCCCAUGUGACUCCACCCUCCCUAGCAACCGGGCCAAUUUGGUUACCCCAUGUGACUCCACCCUCCCUAGCAACCGGGACAAUUUGGUUACCCCAUGUGACUCUACCCUCCCUAGCAACCGGGCCAAUUUGGUUACCCCAUGUGACUCCACCCUCCCUAGCAACCGGGCCAAUUUGGUUACCCCAUGUGACUGUACCCUCCCUAGCAACCGGGCCAAUUUGGUUACCCCAUGUGACUCUACCCUCCCUAGCAACAGAGGCACUUUUGUUGGCGCCCGUAGGAGUGCUUCAACGAAAUUGACGACAUGCUGUUGUGUCACGUGACGUGGUGGGCCAGAAGGUUCACCCUUAAAUGACAGUGUACACUCUUGUGAACAAUAUUCAGUCAGUUUAAACUAAUUUAAAUCAUGCGUUGCAUAUAGCGAAGCCAAAAUACAACAUGGGGUCGCAUGAGGUUUGCGUCGUCAUGGCAACUAGUUCUAAAAUAGUGUAUAUCUUCACACAGAUGUGGUUAUUAAGUGAUUUAAUGAUAGUAAAAUCAUGUUAACACACAUAUUGUUCAUGUCUUGUGUCUAUACUUGUGAAACAGUAUUUUAAUGUGUACAGAUUAAACCCCAUUGACUUGCAUUGGAAGUGUCUCACUGGAACACACAUUUAAAGAACAGGAGGGACGAGUCCAAGUUAAUAUUUGUGGUAAUCAACAUUAUGACACAAAUGAUGCUGAUGAUUUCAUAAAUGCAUUUAUCAGUCCUGAUAUCUCAUCUGUCACUAUAAUAUAGAUCAUGAUACACCAUCACUGCACACUUGAUUACUCAGAUGAUGAUUUUCCCCUCGUGGACUGAAAGCACAUUUAUAGAAUACUGAUCAGAGAUAAAAGCACACCAACAACACAAAUCAAAAGACAAAAAGCCACAAUCAGUCAAAGCAACAAAUGAAAUGAAAAUAUGAAAGUGUCUUGUAAACUUUGGGCCGAGUGCGUAUAUAGUGUUCUCACUUUUCUCUGCUUAUUUAUUUGAACUUAUAUAUGUAGAUAUGUCGACUUUGUAUUAAAACAGAAUGACUGGAU